UAUAACUGUCACAGGUGUUCCAAAGUAUUAUAGAGAAAUUGUAUUUCUUCUUAUAUUUUGUGUGUUUAGUGUUUUGUUCCGUUUAAAUUUCAUUAUUCUAGAAGGCAAAACAAGACAAAUUUAUAGUGAUUUGAAAAAUCGAACUUAGUUCUAGUUGGUUGUAGUGAUGUCUUUAAAUACUGCUCAUUUAAAUGGAGGAGUUUUGAUACAUAAUGGGGAACGUAUAUUGCUGUUUUCGGAUAACGUAUGUUUGGAAUGGUCUGGACAAGAAGCUUCUGCUUUUCGCGGCGUUAAAAAAGGGAGCAUCUAUUUAACAACACACAGAGUUAUUUUUAAUAACAAAACUUCUGAUGAAAUGCAGAGUUUCAGUUUUCCAUUUGUCACUCUUAGUGAAGUAGAAAUAGAACAGCCAGUAUUUGGAGCAAAUUAUAUAAAAGGUAAAGUACGGGCACAACCUAACGGAAACUGGGUUGGAGAAGCUAAAUUCAAACUGACAUUUAAACAUGGUGGAGCUAUCGAAUUUGGACAGUCUAUGUUAAAAGCUGCUCAUUUAGCAUCCAGAGGAGGGAUACAAACACCACCACCAUAUGUUCCUCCCCAGACCCAAUGGUAUGCUGCUCCACCACCAGCUUAUGCUCCACCACCACAAGGCUAUUACGGAUGGGUACCCCCGACAAAUGUAUUUCCUCAGCAACCACCAACAAAUGGUGUUUUUAUGACUGAUGCUCCUCCACCAUAUCCUGGUAUUGUCCCAGGAUUUCAGAGUAACAGUUACGGACCUGGUCCAGGAGGUUAUCCCCCAAGCGGACCACCUCAUUAUCCGGGAACCGAUUUUUCUCCUCAGGGAGCUGCUUCAGGUUUUGGAGGUGCUGCAGAUGCCAAAGCGGCUGAAGCAGCACAGUCGGCUUAUUAUGACCCAAACAGACCACAAAUGGCCUAUGUUCCACCACCAGCAUAUUAUGAAAAUCCACCAACCUACAAUCAAGCUACUAACAAAAAGGAUCAAUAAUAAGAAUUGAUGAUUUGAAAUUUCUUUUGCAUUUAGGUAUAUUAAGUAUAUGAUAGUUAAUAUAUUUUAGCAGUGCGAUUUUUAACCUAUAAUAAAUUUGAGGAAUGGCUUUAAAAAUGAAAAAAUUGACCUUAUAUUCCUCAACUUUAUGCAUAUGGGUUAAGAAUCUCCCAGUAUAUACGAAUACAUACCUAGUAAUAUGUUUUUAACAAUGUUCUUGUAAAUUUUGUAAUAAAGUUCAUAGGGUGAAUUAAAAAAAUAUCGCUCAAUGGUGAAUUUUAAUUUUGAAUGUCCAUCAUUUGUCAUAUAUCUUCAUCACUGCUCUAGAUAUGACAUCAACAGGUAUUUUUCAAAUCCUAUUUUUAUUUACAAUUUUGUUGUUUUUACAUUACCUGGCAACGGGCAUCAUGCUACAAAAUAUUCAAUAUUAAAUUGAUUCAGAUUAAAAUAAUUUGAAGCCAUAAUAGAAUGUGUUUUCCGUCUUGCAUAUUACUAAGAUAUGGACAACUUAAUUCUUACUGUAAUUUGUUUUUAUUUUUAUUUAUUAUUCUGUUUAUGAGCAUAACUACUAAAAUAUUUUCUUAAAAAAGAACUUCUUAUUUAAAAGGAGCUAUCAAAAUUGGGAAACAGGAAUUUAAAAUAAAAUAAUAAUCAUAUUCAGCAUCAUGAUACGCACAUUUUCUUAAAUUUAUGAGUUUACGCUAUUUUUUUAAUUCGUUCUGUAUCGAUUUUAUCAGUUUUUACUAUAAAAACUUCAAGAAAAUUUGUCUUUUUUUGUUAAAAUUGAUAAUGAAAAAUAUAAGACAAUUUUUCAAAUACUUAGCUUAUAUUUCUUUUGUAAAAUCUGAACAUUUUAGAAUACUGCAUCUGUAGUAUAGUCUUAAAAGUAUUUACCUCAUAGUGGUUCGUGAUGUAUUUGGUUAUCACAAGAAUUUUGCACUGAAAUUAUAUAAAUUAUUAUUAUAUGUAAGUAUAAAGUAUAUGCCAAUUGUUUAUUUAUGUCUAAUUAAUAUAUGUAUAUUCAUAUUG